CGCUUGCCCUGUACUGACGCAGUUAUAGCAAGAUAUUCAGAGCAUCAGAAAGAAGGCUUCUCGAGUACCAAUUGAAAUUUCUGCUGGGUCACAAAUUACAUCCACAGAAGAGAAAAUCAUGCAGAUCUUCGUCAAAACAUUGACAGGCAAAACGAUAACCUUGGAGGUUGAAGCAUCAGAUACAAUUGAAAACGUAAAAGCAAAAAUUCAAGACAAGGAAGGAAUUCCUCCAGAUCAACAAAGAUUGAUAUUUGCUGGAAAGCAACUAGAAGACGGACGCACACUUUCCGACUAUAACAUUCAAAAAGAGUCGACUCUCCAUCUUGUACUUCGACUUCGUGGCGGUAUGCAAAUUUUCGUCAAGACCCUCACAGGUAAAACCAUUACGCUUGAAGUUGAGGCUUCUGACACAAUUGAGAAUGUUAAGGCCAAGAUUCAGGAUAAAGAAGGCAUUCCGCCAGAUCAGCAGAGAUUGAUUUUUGCUGGAAAACAACUCGAAGACGGACGUACUUUAUCUGACUAUAACAUUCAAAAAGAAUCAACUUUACACCUUGUACUACGUCUUCGUGGUGGAAUGCAAAUUUUUGUCAAGACUCUCACUGGUAAAACAAUUACUCUCGAAGUUGAGGCUUCUGACACAAUUGAGAAUGUUAAGGCCAAGAUUCAGGAUAAAGAAGGCAUUCCGCCAGAUCAGCAGAGAUUGAUUUUUGCUGGAAAACAACUCGAAGACGGACGUACUUUAUCUGACUAUAACAUUCAAAAAGAAUCAACUUUACACCUUGUACUACGUCUUCGUGGUGGAAUGCAAAUUUUUGUCAAGACUCUCACUGGUAAAACAAUUACUCUCGAAGUUGAGGCCUCUGACACAAUUGAGAAUGUUAAAGCCAAGAUUCAGGAUAAAGAAGGCAUUCCGCCAGAUCAGCAGAGAUUGAUUUUUGCUGGAAAGCAACUAGAAGACGGACGCACACUUUCCGACUAUAACAUUCAAAAAGAGUCGACUCUCCAUCUUGUACUUCGACUUCGUGGCGGUAUGCAAAUUUUCGUCAAGACCCUCACAGGUAAAACCAUUACGCUUGAAGUUGAGGCUUCUGACACAAUUGAGAAUGUUAAGGCCAAGAUUCAGGAUAAAGAAGGCAUUCCGCCAGAUCAGCAGAGAUUGAUUUUUGCUGGAAAACAACUCGAAGACGGACGUACUUUAUCUGACUAUAACAUUCAAAAAGAAUCAACUUUACACCUUGUACUACGUCUUCGUGGUGGAAUGCAAAUUUUUGUCAAGACUCUCACUGGUAAAACAAUUACUCUCGAAGUUGAGGCCUCUGACACAAUUGAAAAUGUUAAAGCUAAAAUUCAGGAUAAAGAAGGCAUUCCACCAGAUCAGCAGAGAUUGAUUUUUGCUGGAAAGCAACUUGAAGACGGACGCACACUUUCCGACUAUAACAUUCAAAAAGAAUCAACUCUGCAUCUUGUACUUCGACUUCGUGGCGGUAUGCAAAUUUUCGUCAAGACUCUCACAGGUAAAACAAUUACUCUUGAAGUUGAGGCCUCCGAUACUAUUGAAAACGUUAAAGCCAAAAUUCAGGAUAAAGAAGGCAUUCCACCAGAUCAGCAGAGGUUGAUCUUCGCCGGCAAACAGUUGGAAGAUGGACGUACCUUAUCUGACUACAAUAUUCAAAAAGAAUCAACGCUUCAUCUUGUACUUCGUCUCCGUGGUGGUAUGCAAAUUUUUGUAAAAACCCUUACUGGAAAGACUAUUACUUUGGAGGUUGAAGCGUCUGAUACCAUUGAAAAUGUCAAAGCAAAAAUUCAGGAUAAAGAGGGAAUUCCUCCAGACCAGCAAAGAUUGAUCUUCGCCGGCAAACAGUUGGAAGAUGGACGUACACUUUCUGAUUAUAAUAUUCAAAAGGAGUCAACUCUACAUCUUGUUCUGCGUUUGCGAGGAGGAAUGCAAAUUUUCGUCAAGACCCUCACAGGUAAAACCAUUACGCUUGAAGUUGAGGCUUCUGACACAAUUGAGAAUGUUAAGGCCAAGAUUCAGGAUAAAGAAGGCAUUCCACCAGAUCAGCAGAGGUUGAUCUUCGCCGGCAAACAGUUGGAAGAUGGACGUACCUUAUCUGACUACAAUAUUCAAAAAGAAUCAACGCUUCAUCUUGUACUUCGUCUCCGUGGUGGUAUGCAAAUUUUUGUAAAAACUCUUACUGGAAAGACUAUUACUUUGGAGGUUGAAGCGUCUGAUACCAUUGAAAAUGUCAAAGCAAAAAUUCAGGAUAAGGAGGGUAUUCCUCCAGACCAGCAAAGAUUGAUCUUCGCCGGCAAACAGUUGGAAGAUGGACGAACACUUUCUGAUUAUAAUAUUCAAAAGGAGUCAACUCUACAUCUUGUUCUGCGUUUGCGAGGAGGAAUGCAAAUUUUCGUCAAGACCCUUACAGGUAAAACCAUUACGCUUGAAGUUGAGGCUUCUGACACAAUUGAGAAUGUUAAGGCCAAGAUUCAGGAUAAAGAAGGCAUUCCACCAGAUCAGCAGAGGUUGAUCUUCGCCGGCAAACAGUUGGAAGAUGGACGUACCUUAUCUGACUACAAUAUUCAAAAAGAAUCAACUCUGCAUCUUGUUCUUCGUUUGCGGGGAGGAAUGCAGAUUUUCGUCAAGACCCUCACAGGUAAAACCAUUACCCUUGAAGUUGAGGCCUCUGACACAAUUGAGAACGUCAAAGCCAAAAUUCAGGAUAAAGAAGGUAUUCCACCAGAUCAACAGAGAUUGAUUUUUGCUGGAAAACAAUUGGAGGAUGAUCGUACAUUGUCUGAUUAUAAUAUCCAGAAGGAGUCAACUCUUCAUCUUGUUCUUCGUUUGAGAGGAGGAAUGCAAAUUUUCGUUAAAACUCUCACAGGUAAAACCAUUACCCUUGAAGUCGAAGCUUCAGAUACUAUUGAAAAUGUCAAAGCCAAAAUUCAAGACAAAGAAGGAAUUCCUCCAGACCAACAGAGAUUGAUUUUCGCUGGCAAGCAAUUAGAAGACGGACGCACACUUUCCGAUUAUAAUAUUCAAAAAGAAUCGACUCUUCACCUUGUACUUCGUCUCCGAGGUGGUCAAUGAUUCCAUACAUCUAUUGAUCUCGUUUUAAUAAGAAAAACGAUAUCUACUAAAUAGAAAUAAAUUUUUUUACUUUUAUUCGUACUAGCUGCCGAAAUAAUAAAUAUAUAUAUAUAUAAUUCUGUUAUUGAUGUACCCUGAUGGCAAAUAAAGUAAAUAAUUUCUGUUUC